CUUGUGUGUGUCUCCUCAGAGGUGCUGAUGGACUCAACCACAGCGACGGCAGAGCUGGGCUGGACCAUCCACCCUGCUCAAGGGUGGGAGGAGGUGAGUGGCUACGAUGAGAACAUGAACACCAUCCGCACGUACCAGGUGUGUAACGUGUUCCAAAGCAGCCAAAAUAACUGGAUCCGCACCAAGUUCAUCCGACGCCGUGGGGCCCAGAGGAUCCACGUUCAGGUCAAGUUCUUUGUGAGGGACUGUAGCUCCAUCCCCAACGUACCCGGCUCCUGCAAAGAGACCUUUAACCUGUACUACUACGAGGCAGACGCAGAUACGGCCACGAGCAUGACCCCCGCCUGGAUGGAGAACCCUUGGGUGAAAGUGGACACUAUCGCAGCAGACGAGAGCUUCUCACAGGUGGACUUAGGCGGCCGCAUCAUGAAGAUCAACAGUGAGGUGCGCAGCUUUGGCCCAGUGUCUCGGAGUGGCUUCUACCUGGCAUUUCAGGACUAUGGAGCCUGCAUGUCCAUCAUCGCUGUGAGAGUUUUCUACCGCAAGUGUCCCCGUGUAGUGCUCAACGGGGCCGUCUUCUCCGAGACUUUGUCCGGGGCUGAGAGUACCUCCCUGGUGGCAGCUCGUGGAGUGUGUGUCCCUAACGGAGAGGAGGUGGACGUGCCCAUCAAACUAUAUUGUAACGGGGACGGAGAAUGGAUGGUGCCGAUCGGGAGGUGCAUGUGUAAGGCCGGGUAUGAGGCCACGGCCAACGGGACUCAGUGCAGUGCGUGUCCCUCUAGCUCGUUCAAAGCGGCCCAGGGGGACCACAGCUGCGUGCCCUGUCCCCCCAACAGCCGCACCAGCAGUCAGGCUGCCACCACCUGCCUGUGCCGCUCUGGGUACUACCGCACGGACGCCGAGGGCCCCGGGACCCGCUGCACCACGAUCCCCGCGGCUCCUCAGAACGUCAUCUCCAUCGUGAAUGAGACAUCCCUGCGCCUGGAGUGGAGCCCCCCGGUGGACAGUGGGGGGCGAGACGAUGUGGUCUACAACAUCAUCUGUAAGAGCUGUGGCAGCGGGCGCGGCGGGUGCACACGCUGUGGGGACAACGUGCAGUUUGUCCCCCGGCAGCUGGGCCUGAGCGGCGGCCAGGUGCACAUCAGUGAGCUGCUGGCACACACACAGUACACCUUUGAGAUUCAGGCGGUCAAUGGAGUGUCUGACCAGAGCCCCUACUCGCCUCACUACAGCGCGGUGAACAUCACCACCAACCAGGCUGCUCCGUCGGCUGUGUCAAUCAUCCACCAGGUGAGCCGCUCGCCCUCCUCCAUCACCCUGUCCUGGUCCCAGCCCGACCAGCCCAAUGGGGUCAUCCUGGACUACGAGCUGCAGUACUACGAGAAGAACCAGGCUGAGGUGAACUCUUCAGUGAGCCGCAGUCAGACUAACACAGCCCUGAUUCGAGGACUCAAACCCGGGACCAUCUACGUGUUCCAGGUUCGAGCACGCACUGUGGCUGGAUUUGGACGCUUCAGUGGCAAGAUGUACUUCCAGACCAUGACCCAAGAGGAGUACGCCUCCAGCCUCCAGGACAAGUUGCCUCUGAUCGUGGGCUCCUCUGCUGCAGGCCUGGUCUUCAUUAUUGCACUCACCGUCAUCAUCAUCGUCUGCCGCAGGAGGAGCUCAGAGCGCCCCGAGUCUGAGUACACGGACAAACUGCAGCACUACACCAGCGGACACACGUCCCCCGGGAUGAAGAUCUACAUCGACCCAUUCACCUACGAAGACCCCAACGAGGCCGUCCGAGAAUUUGCUAAAGAGAUUGACAUCGCCUGUGUCAAGAUCGAGCAGGUCAUCGGAGCAGGAGAGUUCGGGGAGGUGUGCAGUGGGAACCUCCGGCAGCCUGGGAAGAGGGAGAUCCUGGUGGCCAUUAAGACCCUGAAGGUGGGCUACACGGAGCGGCAGAGGCGGGACUUCCUGUCUGAGGCAUCCAUCAUGGGCCAGUUUGACCAUCCGAACAUCAUCCACCUGGAAGGCGUGGUGACCAGGAGCAGCCCCGUCAUGAUUCUCACUGAGUUCAUGGAGAACGGGUCGCUGGACUCCUUCCUGCGGCAAAAUGAUGGUCAGUUCACGGUGAUCCAGCUGGUGGGCAUGCUGCGCGGUAUUGCUGCAGGGAUGAAAUACCUGUGUGAGAUGAACUACGUGCACCGAGACCUGGCAGCACGCAACAUCCUGGUCAACAGUAACCUGGUGUGCAAGGUGUCUGACUUUGGCCUGUCCCGCUUCCUGGAGGACGACACCUCUGAUCCCACCUACACCAGCGCUCUGGGAGGGAAGAUUCCCAUCCGCUGGACGGCCCCUGAGGCCAUCCAGUAUAGGAAGUUCACCUCGUCCAGUGACUGUUGGAGCUACGGCAUCGUCAUGUGGGAGGUCAUGUCCUAUGGAGAGAGGCCCUACUGGGACAUGAGCAACCAGGAUGUCAUUAAUGCCAUAGAGCAGGACUACAGAUUGCCGCCUCCUAUGGACUGCCCCAGUGCACUGCACCAGCUGAUGCUGGACUGCUGGCAGAAAGACCGCAACAACAGACCCAAGUUCAGCCAGAUCGUCAACACUCUGGACAAGAUGAUCAGGAACCCUAGCACCCUCAAGGCCAUGACACCUCUGUCUUCCAGUGUGCACCUACCUCUGCUGGACCGCAGCACUCCAGACUUUUCCUCCUUCACCUCAGUGGACGAGUGGCUGGACGCCAUCAAGAUGGGCCAAUACAAGGAGUACUUUUCCAACGAGGGCUUCAGUAGCUUUAACACAGUCUCUCAGAUGACCAUGGAGGACAUCCUCCGAGUGGGUGUGACGCUGGCCGGGCAUCAAAAGAAGAUCCUUAACAGCAUUCAGUCCAUGAGAGCCCAGAUGAACCAGAUCACGUCUGUGGAGGUGUGA